AGUCAAAGAUCGACCAUUUUACAGAAAAAGUCAAACAAGAGGGGUUUUUCAUUACAGAAAACUGUUUUUCUAAACCAUUUAUUUUUUAAAAAGACAUACGUUUACAAAACAAUGUUUAAAAUCCGUUUUUAGUCAAUUUAUAUCAUUAAGACGCAGCAGGAGUCUUUACCUUUACACGCUAUUUAGUAAAUUCCUCCGUUUUAUAUAAAACAUAUUUGCUCCAUUUAUAUAAAGAAGCAUUGGUCCUCACUUCAUAGAGACACACGUAAACUCGUCCCAUACUCUGACAGAGGCUGUUUUAAAAAACCCCAAAGCUAAAUACUCGCUUUUGUGGCAUAUAAAACCGAUUGUUUUAUAUCAAACAAAUAUACCUAUUCUUAGUUUGCCUGUGGUAUAUUUUAUGUUAAAAGUUAUAUUUUAAAAUGUUUACCUCAGUGUUUUAAACAUGCCAUUACAGUCAGACCUGAGGUCUCACAUAGUUUUUAUAUAGCCUACUUUAUUUGAUUCUACAUUACAUGUCGAUUUCAUUCGGAAUCAAAAACUUUGAAUAAUCCAACUGGUUAAAACAAAAGCAGAGUACAUUGUUAUGGAUUAAUUAGAGUUCUAAGGGGUGCAGGGAAGUCUUUUCCAGAUAAACGCACUGCCUACACUUUGGUGACACACACACACACACACACACACACACACACACACUGACCCCUUGGCCCCGACCCCAUGCCACGUCCACACGGAGUCCCAAUACCUGUUUUUCCGUUUGUAGUGUACGAAUUAUUUUAUUAGAGGUGUUAUCUGAUGAGUCCUGGAGGGUUUCCCCCACAUCUUUCGUAAGUCGUAAAAUAAAAUAUCACAAGCCCCCCUACCACAUGAGGAGUUGAAAGAUAUCCUUUGAAAAAGGAUGAGAUGGCGGGAAAAGUCGGGAUGUUUAAAAACAUGACAAGUUCUUUCAUUCGGCGCUUUCACUCUAACCAUAUUGCACCACGUCUCGAGUCUCUAAGGAAAAAUGGCUGAAAACCAAUACGGUAUGUUGAUGAUUUAAUAUUUAGCAACAAAACUAUUAUAAACUAUUUGUAUAUAUACUUAUAUAAAUAUUUUUAUCAUCAUGUAUAGAGGAUGUACUCCCGGAUCUAUAUUUUGAUGCUGAUUUGGCAGAAGUUCUGGAUUCUCUUUAUGAUGAAGCGAUAUCAGACGGUUGUCCGCUUGAUGAAAUUUUACAAAACAGUGCAGAAAACACAUUCGAACCCCCGCGUUACAGACCUCUGUAACACAACGACCUAUGCAAUCGUCAGAAGAAACAGUAUGUGCAUCAUUGGACAACCCGAUACACGGUUAUGAGGACGUCACACCCUGGAGUACUCUAGGGGCGGACAGUGAGCACUCAGACACUUCUCCGGACACCAGAACGAACGCAUCUGCAACGGAGCCAAGUCGCAAACAACUCCGGAGGCCUUCUUCGGGGAAAGGUGUUAAGAGGCUUCGUGAAACUUAUGGUGAAUACGACUCCAACAAUGAUCUGCGCUUAGCAUACCCUGACAAUGAGGAAAACUCUGUAGGGGGGAUUAAGAGGCUUCGUGAAACUUAUGGCGAAUACGACUCCAACAAUGGUCUGCGCUUAGCAUACCCUGACAGUGAGGAAAACUCUGUAGGGGGGAUUAAAAGGCUUCGUGAAACUUAUGGAGAAUAUGCUCCAGACAACGGUCUACGUUUAGCAUACCCUGAUAGCGAGGAAAAUCCGACCGAUGAGCGCACCUCCAAUACGAAGUACGAAGAAACGGAGUGUACAGCAGGCUCUUACAAGAAACGACUUUCUGCCUCGAGAGACUGUGAGGUCACCCCUAACGCAUCCUCUUCGGAAGAUAGCGAACCAGAUUAUCCCGAAAGAGACUUGGAGAUAUUUUUAGAAUCCCAGGCAGAUGUGCUGGAUGCCGUCGGAUCUCAAGACUCAUCACCCAGUACACACUCCGAUGAAGAUACCCACGAUCCGUUCAGACCUUUAUUCACCCCUCAAGAUUUUCACAGACUGAGUUAUGACACAUUUCGCAGUGCCAACCGGAAUUUUCUAAGGGUUUUAGAUGUCGCUUCACGACCCUUAACCUACCAAGAAACAGAGGACCUGCUCGUCGUAUCACAAGCGCCAGUAGUUGCUCUUCAGCGCAGGAUUAUCGAACUCCAAAAUCAACACGCCGGACAAUUAUCCAACACCGUAGAGUUUUUUGGAAACUGUCACGAACAAACACAGACUGAGAACAGGCGUCUGUGGGGAGUUGUUGAUCAGGUAAGAGGAGAUCAGCAAAUACUCACCCUAGCAGUAACGCUAAUUUCUGAACGCUUGAAUAUCAUUCAACGUAUUUUGAGAGAUUUACCCGAGACCCUAAGGAGGAGAUGAUGACCGCUCAUUUUUUCAAUGCUUGUUUUUAUUUUUUUAUUUUUAUUUUUUAUUAAAGUUUUAAGCUUUUAAC